AUGUCUUCCCUCAUCCCCAGAACCCCCGCAAUUAUUGACGCAAUCAUCAACGCGGUCUAUGAGCAGGGAUCUGUGGCCGACUUGAGGUCAAUCUCAUUAACCUGCUCCCAACUUCUUCCCAAGUGUCGAAAGCACCUCUUCGCAUGCGUUUCGCUCACACGACCGUUCGGCGCAGAAGAUGUUCCUAGUCCCGCCACACAUCUAUCGGUCAUCCUUGACGCCAAUCCAGGCAUUGGUCAUCUCAUUCGUGAACUAAGGUUUGCAAUACAACUCCUAGAUCUUCACGACGUUGCACUUCCCAAACUUCUUCUCCGCCUCCACCAAGUGCAGACGUUGAGGCUCAGUACCGCCUGUGGUAGCUGGUUCGACCAUACUGCCAAGCUGCGGGUCAGUUUAACUCAUCUCAUUCAAUCUCCAAGUUUGGCGCUCCUCGAAAUAUCAUCUUUUCGAAAUUUUCCGGUCUCCUUGUUCAUCCCAUGCACGAACCUCCGUCACUUGGAUAUCUUUCGCUUGACGUUCAAAGAUGAAUCCAGCGUGGAGAUGCCCCUUGAUAUUCCUAAACUGUAUCCACCAACUCGUUUGCGGUCUUUGCGGUGCUCGGCGCAUUGCACUGCUGGAGUGUCUGUCCUACUUCGUGCCAGGCGCUCCGAAACGAGACUUCCAAUUAUUGAUUUAUCAGGGGUCCGCUGCUUGGGAGUCAGGAUGCAGAGUGAAGAAGAGAUUUGUACCACCAGGGCGUUAAUUCAGGCAACCCCUCAUCUCCAGUCUCUUGAAACCUUUGUGGCCGCCCCUGGUUCGCUUGAUGGCCUCGCUACCAUGUUCCACAAAACUUCAUUUACAACAUUAACGCGUCUCACAUUUGACUUGGUUUCAGAAUAUUGGUAUCAGGACCCUUUGUUCGGGCUCUGCAACGAGUUGGAGAUCCUUGCGGAGGAUAACGUGCUCGAGGAGCUCAGAAUAAAUGUAUUCUCCCCUCGAACUGUGAUCAGGACAGGAGAAGAUUGGGGUCUUUUGGAUAUUGUUUUGUCCAGUCCAGGUGCAUUCAGAGCGCUGCGGAAAGUGAGAGUUGGUAUCAGGGUCAUGCUGUUUAACCGCCUCAGCGUAGAAAUAUUCGAAGAGCUGAAGUCGGUACCAACGGAACAAUUUCCUUCAUUAUCAACGAAUUCAUUGAUCGACUUCAAAUUUUGGGUAGGAGUUGAUUGA